CAUUGGAGCUUGAUGUUAUUAGCGUUGGUUUGCUAUGUGUGGUGCAUGGUGGUAGCCAUUGUGGUGAAUGGUCAAAGUGCCAACAACGUGAGAGCAACAUAUCAUUUGUACAAACCUCAUAAAAUCGGUUGGGAUUUGAAGACUGCUAAGGGCUACUGCUCCACUUGGGACGCUAUGAAGCCCCUUGAAUGGCGCCAGAAAUACGGCUGGACCGCCUUCUGUGGACCUGCUGGCACCCAUGGCAAACCUUCUUGCGGCAAAUGUAUCCAUGUAACGAACACGGCAACAGAAGCUUCAACAAUAGUGAGAGUAGUGGACCUGUGCGGAAAUGGAGGCCUUGACUUGGACGUGAAUGUGUUCAAACAAUUAGACACCAACGGAGUCGGACACCAAAAGGGUCAUCUUAAUGUUAACUAUCACUUUGUCAAUUGUGAAGAUUAA